AUGGUCCGCAGCAACACCACGGUUCUAGGUACCAUUUUUGAACUGGAAUGUAAAGAUAAUCCGGCUGGGUUUGUAUUCUGGAUGGCUAUGGAGAUUCUAACUGACUUUCUGGGUUUGCCAGCCAAUGUGAGAGUGCUGUGGAUUUUACUGAGACGACAAACUGCCCUCUCCUCUUCUGAUGUGUUCAUACUGAACCUGGCUGUCAUGGAUGCUUUGUUUUGCCUCAAUUCACCCAUUAGUUUUUCUAAUUAUUUCUUUCUGAAGAAUACAAUUGUUUACACAGUAACAGAAAUUGUCUGUCAUUUUAAUCUGAUAGGAGGUCCUCUGUUCCUUUGUUGUAUCUGUGUGGAGCGUUACAUGGCAGUUGUGCAUCCAAUCACCUACCUGGGGUUCAAGUCACUCACCUACAGAGUCCUGUGCUCUGCUGUGGCUUGGGCCAUUACUGUUGCCUUCUCCAUCUAUCUAGCUAUAUCCACCAUAGAAUCAUCUGCAUAUGUUGUCUCAGGUUACAGCUCUGCCGUGUUUAUUGUCAUGAUUUUCUGUAGCAUCUCCAUCCUGAGGGUCCUGAGGAGGUCUGCACCGGGAAGAGACGAGGUCCAUCCCAUGAAGAAGAAAGCCUUCCAGAUGGUUUUUACCAUUUUAAUGAUUGUGUUAGUUUCCUAUUUCCCAGCAGUAGCCCUCGUCCCAUUUGAAUCCUGUUUCAAUAAUAUUACAUUUCAUUGUUAUAUAAUGCCAGUCUGCUAUUCCUUUUUUACCCCCAGUAGCUUCAUACAGCCUUUGCUCUAUCUGUCUCAUGUGGGUGUCUUGUCUUGUGGGCAGUUUCCAUGCAAUGGGGGGUGCUGUACAGCACUGAGCUCCACUCCAUGA